CUCUGAGGGCCGCGGCCCGGCCGCGAGGGGGCGCCGGCGGCGGCAGCGGGCGGGAGCGGCGGCCGGGCCGGGGCGCAUCGGGGGCCCCGCCGGCGCGGCGCCGCCGCCCGCCGAAGAUGUGGGCGCACGUGUGGCGGUUCCUGUACAGCAAGUACUUUCGGUUCUGGCUCAAGUGGGUGCUGCGGGUGCUGACCGGCAAGUGCGAGCUGCAGCGCCUGCUGGGCGGCGCGGAGGCGGGCGCGCGGCGGACGCUGGGCGUAGAACGUUCACUGGAAUCAUCAAAAAAUAAGGUUUUAAGAAGUGCUGUACAUGUUGAGGAAGCAGAAGUGGAGAAUUGUGUGAGAGAUGUGAUGAAAGAAAAGAAGAUUGAACAGAAGGACACAGGGUUUAAGACAAAUUUGCAUAUAUCCUUGCUACAGAUAUCAGGUUAUAAAAAACUGUAUUUGAAUGUGGAAAACCUAAGGAAGGUCCCAUAUGAUUCAGAAAAUGAAGAGCACGAGGAGCAGUUAAUUGAGCUCUGGAAUCUGCUGAUGCCUCACCAGGCUGUGAGGGCCAGGAUCAGCAAGCAGUGGUGCGACAUCGGCUUCCAGGGCGACGACCCCAGGACAGACUUCAGGGGCAUGGGGCUGCUGGGCCUGGUGAACCUGGUGUAUUUCAGUAAGCAUUACACCAAUGAAGCUCGUCAGAUCCUUUCUCGGUCCAAUCACCCAAAGCUGGGGUACUCCUAUGCCAUAGUUGGGAUCAAUCUGACAGAGAUGGCGUACAGCCUGCUCAGGAGUGGCGCUCUAAAGGCUCAUCUCUACAACGUGGCCCCUGGGCUGCCACAGAUGGAGCACUUCCACCAGUUCUACUGUUAUCUGGUUUAUGAGUUUGACAAGUUCUGGUUUGAAGAGGAACCAGAAAGCAUCAUGCACUUCAACCAGUACAGAGAGAAAUUCCAUGAGAAAAUCAAGGGACUUCUGCUGGAUCACAGUGUGGUACUGACCUUACAAGAGACAAAGAAACCUUAGUUUCUCUGCAGUAUAUGAGGUUCUGUAUCAAAAAUUGAGUGAUGCAUUUGGUGUGUUUCACCAAAAACUGUCCAACAAAAGAAUUUUUUUUUUUUUACAUUAAAAAAAAGAAAAUGAGCAAAAUUCAGUUAGGAAAGCUUGGACAAUCAACCUCUGUUUACAGGUAUUUUUAUGCUAUUCUCCAAAGGGCAGCUUUUUGGAAAGGAAGUGAAACAAAACCCAACACAAAAAACAACCCCCGAAUCUCAAGAACCUCUGGACUGCUUCAUUUUACAUUUUCAUUAAUACUUCUUGGUGCAGGAACAUGAAGCAGGUAUUUAUGCUGCAUCAUAUUUUCUGUGAAUGGGUUUGACUGUUAAUGGUCUUUUUAAAGACAGUUUAAGUUCAGCUUUUCAAAUCUGAAUUUAAAUUCCAACCUUUUAACGUAACGGUUGAAGUUAAGCUUUUAGUUGAAGUUCUUGUGGUUUUAGGUUUUUUGUCUUCUUGUUCCUUUAUGCCAUUGAUGGUUCACUCAACAAUGUUAAAUUUCUGUGAUUAAGAGGUCCUCAAAGGAGAUGUAUUAUUUGUUUAUAAUUUUGGAGAAGAGGCUUAAUCAAUCAGCAUAUUGAUGUACUUACUAGAAAUCACUUCUGCCUAAGGAAGUUUAUCUGUGGAUUUGUACCAGCCAGUUCCUGUGCUUGGAAGGAGUUUAGUUUGCAAACAAACAAAAAGAACCACGCCAUCAGCAUGAGGAUGAGAUCCUCAGGCUACAGCUGCUCUUUCUAGAAGUAUUCCUGUUGUAAAAACUUUUCUUUCCAAUCUGACUUCAGAUGCUGAGGAUGAUUUACUCAGAGUCUGCUGUCAGCCCUUUCUUUUAGCAGCUAAGGGGGUGUUCUUAGUGGGAGGUUCAACAAAUCUACUUAAGCCCUUUUAUAAAGUUUAAAAAACCCCUUUAUUGCAGCUGCAGUCUUUAUCUUGUAAAAGUAAAUUCACAUCUGGGUAAAAGUCAAAAUGAGAUGUAUUUUCCAUGGAAGGGAUGCAGCUUUGGUGUGUUCCUUAGUCCUGCCAUCCUCAGACAAUCUAAUAGCUAGAACUUCGUGUCUGUAUUGUGACUAAUUAUUGCUUAGAGCAACUUUAAAUGGAUUUGGUAUGACCAUCACUUUGUUUUCUAAGACUUUCUAUUAAAUAAGUGCCUUCUGCUGGUUUCAAUCAGCUUUUUAUUUUAAUUCUUCUAACUAGAUCACAGCCUUAGCAACUUGAGGAAUUUGAGGAAGAUUUUUUCACCAUAUACCUAAACAGCUCACAGUGGCACAAAAUUUAUAUGCUGAUACAAGCUUUCAUAUAUUUUUUUUAAUCAUCUCAGGUAAACGAAUUAAUUUCUAAUCAAUGACCACUCCAGAAGAGGUUCCUGAAGAAUAAGGUCCUGGUUUUAAACUGACCAGGUUAGAUCCAAGAUGAGCUGAAGGGACCAGGUUAGAUCCAAGCUGGCAGUGGCAGGCCCAGUUCUUUUGCUGCACUCCCAUUUGUGGAUCCUGGAAUUCUCACCACUGAAAAGAGAAAUCUUGUGGAGAGCAUGCUGGGGUUCAGGGCCUGUGGUGGAGCUCUGCUUCUCUGAGCCUUGCAGACGCUGGACAUGCCAAAAAUCCAAGGAAGGAAGUGGGAAGGGGACUCAUUCCCAGUGGCCCAAGUGGUCAUUUCUAGCCCCAUCUUCUGUGGAGUUUGCCUUCAUUAAUAACUUUCUCUACUGCUUGUAGAUCUCCCUUGCAGGCAACACACAACUGACUUUUUGAAUUCCAGUUAUUGGGUUUGGCAGCAGCAGCAAAGGAGAUCCUGUUUGUUUCCCUCUGCUGCCUACCAGUUAGUAACAAAAUUGUGUGAGGGCCACGUCUAAAGGCUCCCCUGAGCUACGUCUGCAAGCUUAUCUCUUUUUUUGUUUGUUUGUUUGGGUUUUUUGGGGUUUGUUUUGUUUUUUGUUUUGCAACAGUUGCAGAAGUAAUCUCCACCCUUGUCUUCCCAGCAUUGAAACUUUCACUGCAGACUGACAUUUAACUAUUGCUGAGGCUUCUAAAGCCCAGCCACAGAGUCCAGGCUCAGGGUUCACCUGUCACACACCUGAGAUGUUUUAGUAUCAAGUGUAUCUCAAGCUUUUAAUAAGAUGCAUCUGUGCAUUUAAUAUUAUUUAUUUUCUCCUUAAAUCAGUGGGCAAUGUGGAAGUAAAUGGUGGCAGCACACAAGGAGAAAAAGUAAAAAAGUAACCCCUGUCAUCAAACAUAAGGGAAUGCAUUAGUUUGCAUGUAGUAAUUAAGGUGAAUGUUUCUGUUAGGCUCCAGUGCACCCUCCCAGGAAACAAUUAGAAUUUGCAUGUGUUUUUUUGUGUGAGCCCAGUAAUUGUGUCUAGGAAUCACUCACUAGAUGUAGAAUAGCACUGGGAGUCCCUGUUUGCACCCCUGCUGGUGAACUGUGUAAUGGUGGUAGCUAGAAAAUGUACUGAAAUAGGUGAAAUGGUGUUUAGAGAAGGCAAGGACAAGGCUUUGCUGUAAUAGUCACUGGUAUUUAAUGCUAACUCUGCUGUAGGUGACAAUCCUAAGGUUAUGGAAGACUGGAAAUGGAGGUAGGCCACUUUUCUCAAGUUGAUAGAAUCUUUAACAUUACAGGUUAUUCUAAGAGUCUUAAAAACUCUCUAAGUUAUUAUUUAUUAACCAUCAUGUUUUAAAUACAUAUUAUCUUACUAGGGCUUGAGUGCUGUUAGUUUUCUAACUUGCUGCCUCUUUAAAACAUUCACUAUGUGAAAGCUUGUAUGCAAUAGUAUUAAAAAAAUUAAAACUAGAGACAAGGUGGUUCUCUAAAUUUGUUGUUCCUGUAGCAAAUAUUUAACAAACUACCUUCAUUUUUGUUGUUUACUGUAUGCUUGAAACAUGGUGCCACUCUAUGAACAAAUUAAUCCGAAGUUUACUACAAGCCAAUGUAAAAUCUAGUUUUUCUCAAAGUAAACACAUUGUUUCAGCAGUAAUUAUUGGAAAGCCAUCUGAAGACAGUGCUAGGUAGGAAGAAAGGAACAAUGUCUUUAAACUGGUUGUGCUUCUCUCAUCUGGUACAGCCAGGUAAAGAAUAGGAAAUUGUGCCCUAAUAGGCAAAAGGGAAAUUAAACACCCCAGGUGAGCAGUUUUGGACUUCCAGUCUCUGAACAAAACAAAUGCAAACAAAAAUCAUGCACACACACACAGCCCCGUGAGUUCUCCAGAUUUUCCGUCCUAGUUCAAUGCAAAUUUCACAAAAGGGAUUAGUUAGCCUUGUGUUAGGAGUGGUGAUGAAGAGGUUUGUGUUAGUUAGGUGGGAGCUGAGCAGUCCUGGCCAGCCCUGCUGAUGUGUGGUGAAGCUGUGACCGUGGUCUCCUCUGUCACUCCUGUCUGUGUUGCUGUGGUACCUUUGCACAUCUUUGGGCUGAUGUUUGUGCCAGUCUGGUUCCUGUCCUUGUCUAGGGAAUCAAGAACAGCCAGCCCAGGAUAACUCGUGGGCAGUUUCUUCUUCUGACACUGUGCUUAGAUAGCUGUGUACUAACGGGAACUCCUGUUUCCCACAGUAUAAAAGCAAUAAUGUAUCCUGUGAUGUCUGUGUAAUAGAGAUGUUUACAAUGGUAGCAAAUAAAGAACGGGUUAAUCCAAAUUAUUGUCAACAGUCCUGUCUUUGGCCUGCUAGGAAAUGCAACAAUUUUCAGUUUCAUGGGGUGAGUGAAAGCUUUUUCCUACUUUUUUCUUGCCCCCAUCCUCCCAGCUUACCCCCAGCUUGCUCAGAGGUCCUUGGUUCUUGAUCCUGUUUCUGCAAGUGGUAGAGAUUUAUCACUGCUUCAUUUCAGCUGCUUUUAAAAUCCACACUUGAAAAGAAACUCUGUCUUAAGCUUUAAAAAAAAAAAAUCCAACAUGCACAAAAAAAUAUAAUUAAAAAAUUCCACAACACAAAAAAACCCCAACCAAACCCAACCCCCCAAAAACCCCACAACAAUGAUUACAUUUUAAGGGCCUGGAAGUGAACUCUCAGAGGCAACUCCAAAUGUUCAGGAGGAACAAAAUUUAAAAGCCGGAGAACAACUCCAGAGAAAGAAAGAGAAACCCUCAAGUGUUGAUGGUUUGUUAGUUGUUAUCUUCUGGCAUGCCUUCAUACAAGCCAUGUUAAAUAAUUUGCUUGGUUUUUUUUUUUAGGUUUAUUUGUAUCUCUCAGGCAGCGUUUGUUUCCCCUCCUGAAUUCUGGACACCAAACGCUUCUAAUAAAUAAUGCUUAUAAUAAUAAAUGCUAUUAAUGUACCAAAGGGCCAUUCCAUGAGAACUACAAGGCCUCCCUAGCAAGUUUAAUAAAUAAUAAUAAUAAAAUAAUAAUAUAAUAAUAAUUAUUGAAUCCUGAAUAGCUGCAAACGUAAAAAAGGUCAGUAGUCCACUUAAGGAUGCUGAAGAACUCCAUGAGAGCUUAUUCAGCUGCCAGACAUUACAAUGAAGCAGCCCACUCUGGCCUUGGCAUCCUAAAUUAAAGCAAUAGUAUUCAAAUAGUAUUCAAAUAGUAUUCAAAAUGAUUAUGGCUCAAAUGAACAUCAUUAUUUGAUGCAUAUGUGAGCCCACCCACAGUCACAGCAGAGAGAGCACAGCUUUUUCAGACACUUACCUGCACACACACUAACAUCUGUCUGUGUAACAAAGCACAGCCACCUCAUCUUCCCUCUAGCAUGACUUUAAUAGUUAAAAAUCAAUUCUGUGCAGAGUGUACUUUAUUUGUUCACAUUACCUAUUUGUGGUUACAAACCACUUCAUCUGACAGUUUAAAAGCAUUCUUUUAAAACAAAAGAAUUAAACAUAGCUUGUGCUAAAAAAACCUGCAAGUUACAUGGAUGCAGUAUUAUACAGGAGUAUAAAAAAUCAACAGUAUUCUACAGAAAAUAUUCUCAAAACGGCAAAUAAAGAUUAGGCAUGUAGGCAUGAUCCUGAAACAAACAAAUAUGAAUUAAAAAACAGCUAACAAAAUUUAAAAAAAAAA